UCCCAGCAUUAAGUUUAAUAUAAAAUAAGAUAACGUUUAGUUUGUACAUAAGGCAAACUUUUUUACAUUAAUUGUAUCACGAAAUAUAAUAACUUGAAAAAUAUUAAAACAAAAAUGCUCUCGUGUACGAAGACUCGAACAUGACAUCUGUGGAAAAGGGAAAAAAAGGGACUAAUCAAAUUCCCAGAAGGGGCAUAGGUUAAUGAGAUGCGCUAUAUUUUUGGGUGUUCACUUCCACCCCAAAGAUUGAAGCGUUAAUGGAGGAUAUGUGUUCUACUUGGUUAAUAUAAUGUCCUUUUUUACUUUAUUUGGAGAAAUAUGAAAAACCAAGUUUUUUUUUGUGUUCUCUCAAUGCAAAAGGUUCAAUUUUUAAUUCAAAAUCAUGAUACAGAGUUGUGGGGCUGCCCUUUUGUUGGGUUAUCCUUUUCAUGUUAUUGAAUCAAGAAACCUCCUUCGGGUGCUAAUCUUUAAGGUUUGCAGGUUUUGGUUUCAGCUUACUGCUAUGGAAAAUGGUCAUUCCAAGAUGCUGAAAGGCGGCUUAUUAUAAAGGAUUGUCCUUUGCCCUUUAGACAUAUUUCCACUAGUAUAUCAACUUACGGUUUGGCACCGCAGAAAAUAUGCAAGUGAUGAUGAGAAAUCUACUAGUUCGGAGAAAAUUAUUAGGCAUAAUAAGCAAAUUAAAUUUUCCCUGUGACAUGGGAUGACAGCAGAUAAGAUGGAAGAGAAGAUGGUGAAACUUCUAGUUUCUACGGUUUCGUACAAUGGAGAUUGGUUUGUGGCGAUGUAUUUGACCUUCCUGUAGUCCUCAUGACCUCGAAAGUUGCUAGGCUGGACAGUUAAAAGCAAUGGACCAGAUAAAGUCAUCACAAGAUAAAGAUUCUAAUAUGACAUUGUGCUUCUAAAAGAGGAAGGAACAAGCGGAAGCACGUGAAUUUAUGACCCUCCCUGCCUUAAACUAGAGAAAACGAGCCCAUUAUCCUGUGGAGAUAAUGUGACCUAAAGGUAAACCAGAUUGAGUAUUUGCAUCUCUGAAGGCUGAGAUAUGAAAGUGGUGCAUGAGGCUUGAACCAUAUUUUCUGACAUUAGAAACAGUUAACAAGAACUCCAUGCUCAUUCAAGGGAACUAUGCACGCUAGAGUUGUUGUAUCAAGAAAUGUGGUACCAAAUGGCUUAAAUUUCUUUUGUGACCAUCUGAGGAUUAAGUGGACCGUGGGAUUUGUUCAGAUCAAUGCAAGUUAAUCACCAUCUAGCUGGUUACCCUAACCAGGGUCCAGUGGUUCUUAUGCAGCAUGCUCCACAAGUGAGGUCCUCUGGUGUAAGCAACAUGGAAGACACCCCCCAAGAAAUGCAGUUGCUUGAUGCUGUCAGACUCAAUAGAGUUGAGAUGCCUGAAUCUUAUCAUGAGGGUUUGAAUGAUGCAAGAGAAGUCUCUGGACAUACUGAAGGGAAGCAGCCAGUGUAUCAGCGUAUGAAAUGGUCAGAUGACAUGGUUAAGCUUUUGAUUACUGCUCUUUCUUACAUCGGAGAAGAUGCUUUGAGCAAUGGAGUUCUUGUCAAGAAGGGAAAAUGGAGGGCCAUUUCCUGUGUUAUGUCUGAAAGAGGUUAUUGUGUAUCACCUCAGCAAUGUGAGGAUAAGUUUAAUGAUCUCAACAAAAAAUUCAGGAGACUGAAUGAUGUACUUGGGAGAGGUACUGCAUGUAAUGUUGUGGAGAACCCUGUGCUUCUGGAAAUGAUGGACCUACCUAAUGAUUUGAAAGAGGAAAUGAACAAGAUUUUAGGUAGCAGACAAUUGUUCUAUGAAGAAAUGUGCUCAUACAACAAUCAGAAUAGAUUGUUCCUUCCCCAUGAUCCGGUGGUUCAGCAAUCUGUGUUUUGGGCUGUGAGAGGUAAGUAUAAAUAUGAAACUGGAAGCAUGUCGCAGGAUUUGCCUUUGAAGAGGAAUAUAGGAGGAGAAGAAAGUCUGGACCAUAACACUACAGCAGAUCCAAAUUUGGUGCAGCAUAUGCCUGCAAAAAGGAAAGCACGAGGCGAAGAAAGAAAUUUGCAUAUGGCCCGUUUAUCCCUGAACGGUACCGCUACAUUAGAUCCAGAUCCAAAUAUGCUUUAUCCUAAUAGCAAUGGGAUUCAACUCUCUUUGAACAACAAGGAGAAAAAAAUACAGGAUGAGCAUGUUCUCCUUCGCUUACAGAAAAUGGAAGAACAAAAGCUACUGAUUCAGGGCAAAUUACUGGAAUUGGAGAAGCAGAGAGUCAACUUGGAGAUUUCCUGCAGUGAAGAAGACAUGGGUUUACAAAAGAUGCAGCUGGAUAAUAAGGUUAUCAAGCUUGAGAAUCAGCAACUGAUGCUUGAACUCAAAUGUGGUGGAAAGCAGCGUUUAGUCUGAAUCAUGUACCAGUGUUGCAGUUUAUGUGGUCUGUACUUUUCUGUCUUGAAGCACCUUCUUUUAAACUUUCAAUGUGUAUUUUCUCUUCUUGUUCAUGUUUACUAUCUUUCAGUGUAGUAUGUGGAAACUUUUAUGUUCGGCCUUAUAACUCUACCUUUACUCUAUUAGCACUAAUUUGGGCUACUUCAUUUAUGAUGGUUUUGAUACUA